AUGUCGACAGGAAGCGGAAUGUCCCAGCGGGUGAUGAACAUGAAGUUCAUGAGAACUGCUGAGUCUAGCUCAGCAAGAUCUCAGGCAGAAGAAACUGAGAACAAACUCAAAGAUUCCAGUGAAUGGAAGCUACCAGCAAACAGAACGAUACAAGUGCAGAAGCCGGCUUCGAGGAAUUUCGAGUCGGUGGGGUAUGCUUCACUGAAUGCCCUAGCCAAUGAUGAUGAUGAUGAGCCGAAACCAGUGGGGAGGAGAACACUUGGAAAGCCACUCUCCAAAACAGAUGCUCCUGAUGUAAAGGCUGAAAAGGACAAGCUAGAUGAGGUUUUAGAAGAUAUGUGGAAUAAAGAGUCCCCUUCCAACAAGAGGAAACAGGAUGGUGAGGACAAACUGAAAAAGAAGAAGAAGAAGCCUUCAAAGAAGUGA